AUGUCUGUCGAAGCCCCCAAGCCGGUCGAGGAGACGCCUGUCGUCGAGCCCACCACGAAGACUCUGCCAGAAACACCUGUUGAACCAUCGACCGCCCCUGCUGAGCCUGCUGCCGAAGCCAUUCCUGCAGCACCCGCUGACGAGACCACCGAGGCGGCACCAGCGACGGAGGAACUGAAGAAGGAUGAGACGGUCGUCACGGCUGUUCCAGCUUCAGAGGGCGUCCUCGGGUACAAGGAGCCAACAUCAUUGAAGAGAUUCUUCUACACAAAGCACUUCUUCUGGUUCUCUGAGGAAGCAUCAACGCCAGAAUCCCUGGCCACUUUCCUGCGCUCUGAGAAGGCCGACGCAAAGCACGCAUCUGCGUCCUGGGCUCGUGAGACUGGCAAGGGAUUGCUCUUCUUCGCCAAGCGUGCCGAGGACAAGGCUUCCCCAGUCGGCAUCAUCAACCUGGCCGAUGCCUCCAACGUCACGAAGGAGGGCUUCAACCAAUUUUCCUUCAAGGCUGGCAGCCACCAACACCGCUUUGAAGCCACCAAGGCCGAGGAGCGUGAUAGCUGGGUCGUCGCUGUUGAGAAGGCGGUCGAGGAAGCCAAGGCUCUAAAGGAAGAGAUCACCGGACGUGAAAGCUACAAGAAGAGCGUCGAGGAAUACUCUAAACCUGCCGUCAUCGCCGCCGCUUCAACCCGUUCCAAGUCUAAGGAGCCCAAGAAGUCCCUUGAAGUCAACGCGGCCACCGCUGCCGCGACCACUCCUGCUGCCGAGAGCACCAGCCCUUCAACCGAAACCCCCGAGGAACCCAAGAAGGAACUCAAGGAGCGCUCUCAGUCACGCAAGCGAGGCAGCAUCUUCGGUUCCCUCAUCGGGAAGAAGGAGGAGCAUGCUGAGAAGAAGGAGAUGAAAGAGGAGAAGAAAGAAGAGGCCGAGGCAAAGGAGGAAGCCAAAGCUACCGAAGAGCCCAGCGAGGCUGGUGAGGCUGCUGCGGUCGCUCCUGUGCCUGCGGUUGCCGCCUCCACUGACAAGAAAGAGGAGAAGGAAGAAGUUGCUGCUCCCACCGAGAAGAAGAACAAGCGCGCCUCUGUCUUCGGAACCCUGUUCAAGAAGAACGUGACCAGCCCUACCACCGAGAAGACCGAGAAGGAGGCCACUGGAAGCACUGAUGUUCCUCCCGUUUCCGAAACCGCCCCCAAGCUGGAGGAGCCAAUUGAGAACAAGCCCAUUGACACUGCAGCAGUCACCGCUCCUGUCGACGCCGUCGAGACUCCUGCCGAAGAAGCUACCAAGGAACCCGCAGCCGUUACUCCAGAAUCCUCCGCCCCCAAGACCGAGAAGAAGGGCGGCUUGCUAGGCUUCAUCAAGAAGACCGAAGCCAAGCUGGAGGGCAAGAAGGAACACAAGGAAGAGGCCAAGGAAGAAACCAAAGAGGAGAAGGCCGAUGAGGCUGUUGCCAAGGAUCCUGUUCCUGCUGCCAGCGCAGAACCAGCGACUGAGACCGCUGUCGCCGAGCCAGCCACCGAGGCGCCUGCCGCCAAGGAAGAGCGCCCAGCUCGUGACAACAAGCGCCGCACUUCUCUCUUCUUCAACAAGAAGCGCGAGACGGCCAGCGAUGCUGAGGAGGGCGCUGAGGAGCCCAAGCGAGAGAAGUCUCCCACUCCGGCCAAGUUCAUUGGCAACCUCGUCCGCCGUGCUAGUAAGGCGGUGAAGUCUGAGGGCCCCAAGGAGAAGGAGAAGGCUCCUGAGCAAGCCCCCACCGCCGAGGAGACCACCGAGGCUCCAGCAGCGGUCCCUGAGACGGCCGAAACUGAGAUCAAGGGCGAUGUUGUCCCAUCGGACCUCGUCGCCGACAAGCCUGAGCCUGCCGUCCCUGCUGCGGCUCCUGAAGUCAAGGCAACUGCUUGA